UUAUAGACACACGAUGACAUAUCAAGAAAUUAUAAAUUUUAGCAAUGUCAUAUAACCCAAAUUAAUGAAUGCGUAGGUUAAUGAAUGAGUCAAUGACCACGCACAUAACACCAUAGUGGGGAAAGGCAGGACCAAAAGACCGGUCCAAAGGUUUGGAACCAUGCAAAAUGGUAAUGAUACUCUCUCCAUAGUCUCAAACUUUUCUUCAGUCCAGUCCAACUUCAAAGGAUCCGUAUUCCCAGCCUGUAACAGUGGCACGCCCCUUUUCCAACUCUAUAAGUACCCUCCUCCCCUGUCACUACCGCACUCACCAAGCUCACACGCUGGCAACUGUUUGGAGGAGGAGCUAAGGCAGCCGAGCAGGUGAGGACAUGGAGAGCACGGACGUGUGCCGCGGAGGCGAGAAGCGCGAGCUGGCCUCGGAGCUGGCCCAGGUGCUCGCCAUGGUGAGGGAGCUGGAGGCGCGCAUGGACCAGGACCUGCCGGCGGCCGCGAGGGAGCUCUGCGGGGCGCUGGCGUCCUCCGUCGACAGGUCCAUCCGCAUCGCCAGUUCAUGGGGCUGCCCGGGGCCGGACUCGCCGCCGUCCGCCGACGGGAGCCCGCGCCGCGACGGCGCCCAGAACCCGGCCGGCGGCGGCAAUGCCGGCAAGGACGCCCGGCUCAAGAGGAGGAAAGGGAUGCCCUGUGUGAGGAGGCAGAUGCGGGUGACGACGGUGCAGGACAUGGCGUCCCUGGACGACGGGCUCAGCUGGAGGAAGUAUGGGCAGAAGGACAUUCUUGGCGCCAAAUAUCCCAGAGCCUACUUCAGGUGCACGCACCGGCACACGCAGUCCUGCCUCGCGACCAAGCAGGUGCAGCGCGCCGACGGCGACCCGCUGCUCUACGACGUCGUGUACCACGGCGCGCACACCUGCGUCCAGGCCGCGCACCCCAGCGCAGAGCCGCUGCAGCCUGCAGGGCAUGCCGGCCAGGAGCAGAGCUCGCUGCUUGAGCUGGAAAGUGAGGGCCUUCAGGCCGGCCUAGAGCCUUCCAUGUCCUUGUUAGGCUACACGCCGGUCGGCACCGACGGUGGCGACUGCUUCCCGCUCCUCUCACCGACGAGCUUGGAGCACCAGCUUAGGAGAAGCCACGCAGCAGGCGGGCUCGGGGUUGGCAUGGACUUCGAGCCUCAGUUCGAAGAGUUCUUCCCGAAUCCCACCGAGCCCUUCCAAUGGGAGUUUCAGGACCUGUUCGCUGCCAAUUAGCUUCCAACGCCAUGUUGCACGUACGGUAGUUGUACUGAACUUCGGCAUUAGUAUCAGCUUCAGAGUUCAGACUCUCGUGAACUUUUCUGCAAUUCUGCUACUACCUACAGGCUACAGCUGGGUGCUAUUCGGCGCAUUCGCCUUGUCCAUGGCAAACCAUGACUUCACAGUUGGGAAAUAUGCAACCAGAGGAAGUCAAAACCGUUAUACCCAGGCCAUCUGAAUCAAAAUUGAAUCAAAGAUUCAGACCUGGUGAACAUAGAAUGCUUACGGUGCAAUUACCAUA